CGGCGUGACGGGAGCACGGGCGCCGGCCGCCCGGGCCGCGAGCGCAGCAGAGCUGACAGCGGGCAGCCGGGCAGGGGGCGAGCGAGUGGCGAGCCGAGCGCGCAGCACUCGCGGUACGGGAGCCGGAGCGCGCCCCACUCGGGGAGGCUGCCUUCUUGCCGGCCGGCGGGCCGACCACAGCGGGACGGAGAUGCUGCUCCUCCGCCCGGGGCCGACGCGGGGGAGGGGCCGGGGGCGGCCGGCCGGGGCUCCCCGCUGCGGGCUCUCGCCUCCCUGGAGCCCCGCCUGGAUCUGCUGUUGGGCGCUCGCCGGCUGUCAAGCGGCCUGGGCUGGGGACCUGCCCUCCUCCUCCGGCCGCCCGCUUCCUCCUUGCUUGGAGGAAGAUUACCACUUUGAAUAUACAGAAUGUGAUAGCAGUGGCUCCAGAUGGAGAGUUGCCAUUCCGAAUUCUGCAGUGGACUGCUCUGGCCUGCCUGACCCAGUGAGAGGCAAAGAAUGCACUUUCUCCUGUGCUUCUGGGGAGUAUCUAGAAAUGAAGAAUCAGGUAUGCAGUAAGUGUGGUGAAGGCACCUACUCCUUGGGCAGUGGCAUCAAAUUUGAUGAAUGGGAUGAAUUGCCGGCAGGAUUUUCCAACGUUGCAACAUUCAUGGACACUGUGGUCGGCCCUUCUGACAGCAGGCCAGAUGGCUGUAACAACUCUUCCUGGGUCCCUCGUGGAAAUUACAUAGAGUCUAAUCGUGAUGACUGCACGGUAUCCUUGAUCUACGCUGUGCACCUCAAGAAGUCGGGCUAUGUUUUCUUUGAGUACCAGUAUGUGGACAACAACAUCUUCUUUGAGUUCUUUAUUCAAAAUGAUCAGUGCCAGGAGAUGGACACCACCGCUGACAAGUGGGUAAAACUCACCGACAGUGGAGUAUGGGGCUCUCAUUCUGUAAUGUUGAAAUCAGGCACAAACAUACUGUACUGGAGAACUACAGGCAUCCUUAUGGGUUCCAAGGCCGUCAAGCCAGUGUUGGUAAAAAAUAUCACAAUUGAAGGGGUGGCGUACACAUCGGAAUGCUUUCCAUGCAAGCCUGGCACCUUCAGCGACGAGCCAGGUUCAUUCAUCUGCCAAGUGUGUCCCAGAAACACCUAUUCUGAGAAAGGAGCCAAAGAAUGCAUCAGGUGUGACGUGGACUCCCAGUUUUCAGAAGAAGGAUCCAGCAAGUGUAAGGAGCGUCCUCCCUGUACCACAAAAGACUAUUUCCAGAUCCACACUCCAUGUGAUGAGGAAGGAAAGACACAGAUAAUGUACAAGUGGAUAGAGCCCAAAAUCUGCCGGGAGGAUCUCACAGAUGCUAUUAGGUUGCCCCCUUCUGGAGAGAAGAAGGAUUGUCCACCUUGCAACCCUGGAUUUUAUAACAAUGGAUCUUCUUCUUGCCAUCCCUGCUCUCCUGGAACGUUUUCGGAUGGAACAAAGGAAUGUAGACCAUGUCCAGCAGGAACAGAGCCUGCACUUGGGUUUGAAUAUAAAUGGUGGAAUGUCCUUCCUGGCAACAUGAAAACCUCCUGCUUCAAUGUCGGGAAUUCAAAGUGUGACGGAAUGAAUGGUUGGGAGGUGGCUGGAGAUCAUAUCCAGAGUGGGGCUGGAGGUUCCGAUAAUGAUUACCUGAUCUUAAACUUGCAUAUCCCAGGAUUUAAACCGCCGACAUCGAUGACGGGAGCCAUGGGCUCUGAACUGGGAAGAAUAACCUUUGUGUUUGAGACCCUCUGUUCAGCCGACUGUAUUCUGUACUUCAUGGUGGAUAUUAAUAGAAAAAGUACCAACGUGGUCGAAUCAUGGGGUGGAACCAAAGAAAAACAAGCUUACACCCAUGUCAUCUUCAAGAAUGCCACAUUUACAUUUACGUGGGCCUUUCAGAGGACCAAUCAGGGUCAAGAUAAUAGACGGUUCAUCAAUGACAUGGUGAAGAUUUAUUCUAUCACUGCCGCUAAUGCAGUUGAUGGGGUGGCGUCCUCGUGCCGUGCCUGUGCCCUCGGUUCUGAACAGUUGGGCUCAUCGUGUGUCCCCUGCCCCCCAGGCCACUACAUUGAGAAAGAAACCAACCAGUGCAAGGAGUGUCCGCCUGACACCUACCUGUCCAUACAUCAGGUCUAUGGCAAGGAGGCUUGUAUUCUAUGUGGGCCUGGGAGUAGAAGCACUCAGGACCACUCAGUUUGCUACAGUGACUGCUUUUUCUACUAUGAAAAAGAAAAUCAGAGUUUGCACUAUGACUUCAGCAACCUCAGCAGUGUGGGCUCCUUAAUGAAUGGUCCCAGCUUUACCUCCAAAGGAACAAAAUACUUCCAUUUCUUCAAUAUCAGUCUAUGUGGGCAUGAGGGGAAGAAGUUGGCUCUCUGCACCAACAAUAUAACAGACUUCACAGUAAAGGAAAUGGUGGCAGGGUCAGAUGAUUACACGAACUUGGUAGGAGCGUUUGUAUGUCAGUCAACUAUUAUUCCUUCUGAAAGUAAGGGCUUCCGAGCAGCCUUAUCGUCACAAUCCAUCAUUCUGGCAGAUGUAUUUUUAGGAGUGACUGUUGAAACCACAUUGCAAAAUAUUAAUAUAAAAGAAGAUAUGUUCCCAGUUUCACCAAGCCAAAUACCAGAUGUGCAUUUCUUUUAUAAGUCUUCUACAACUACAACCUCUUGUGUUAAAGGCCGAUCAACUGCUGUGAAAAUGAGGUGUAAUCCUGCUAAACCAGGAGCUGGAACCAUUUCAGUACCCAGCAAGUGUCCAGCAGGUACCUGUGACGGAUGUACAUUCUAUUUCCUGUGGGAGAGUGCUGAAGCUUGCCCUCUGUGCACAGAGCAUGACUUCCAUGAGAUUGAGGGUGCCUGUAAGAGGGGAUUUCAGGAAACCUUAUACGUGUGGAAUGAACCUAAGUGGUGCAUUAAAGGAAUUUCUUUGCCUGAGAAAAAGUUGUCAACCUGCGAAACAGUUGACUUUUGGCUAAAAGUGGGAGCAGGUGUGGGAGCUUUUGCAGCCGUUUUGCUGGUGGCUCUAACUUGCUACUUCUGGAAAAAGAAUCAGAAACUGGAGUACAAGUAUUCCAAAUUAGUAAUGACGACAAACUCAAAAGAGUGUGAACUCCCAGCUGCAGACAGCUGUGCUAUCAUGGAAGGAGAAGAUAAUGAAGAGGAAGUUGUAUAUUCCAAUAAACAGUCCCUACUGGGAAAACUCAAAUCCUUGGCAACAAAGGACAAAGAAGACCAUUUUGAAUCUGUUCAACUGAAAUCCUCAAGAUCUCCCAAUAUAUGAAAGACAGUGCUGUAGCCUUCAGACUAAUGAACAAAGAAACCUGCUCUCUAGUCUUACAGGACCAUAGUUUAGAGCCUGUCCUCGUAUCCGGCACAUUGGUGAUGUCACGGAGGCGGGCCAUGCCGCUGAAAAGGGAAGGAGGUUGAAAUGUUAGAUUGCCUUAUAACAUGGUCAAGUGUCUUGCCAAAAAUAAGAAAGCAAAUGUUUUGAGUCUCAACUGAAGAUGAAGCUCAACUCAGGAAGAGAUGUAUCUGUAUAUACAAAUAACUCAAAACCAAGGUUAAGCCCACGAGUGCACUGCUGAUGCAUGCCAUAGAAUUAAUGGGUAACUUUCCUUCUUUAUGAAUUCUAUAUAAAAAGUGUGUUUGGAGGGCUGAUGUGAGCAUAUGCAUUGUGAUCCCAUUUAUGUCUUGUCUUUGUUUAUAUUUUGGGGAACAAUUUGAAAAAAUUUUUAAGGUACAGUUAUUUUUUCCCAUUAUUUAUUUUCCUGACAGACCUUAAAACAUGUUUUCUAUUAAAAAUGGUGAACAAAGAAAGACAAUAGAUUUUUCAUUUUUCCAUAGGGUAUCCUUGUUGAUUUCAGAAGCCUAAGUAAGCAGUAAUUCUUAAGGAAGAGUCAGCAUGUGCUUGGGUUAUCUAACUUAUAAUCGCCUUUGAAAUUCCAUCCUUGUUGGAACUGGUAAGAAGGGCUUGACUGAAAGUGGGAUUCUUAAAAAAAAAAAAAAAAGGAUAAGGAGAAGCCUUGACUUUCCACUGGUACAAACAAGCUGACACUAUUAUAAAAGUCAAAUGGCUUGAAACAAUUUAUGUAAUACUUGAAGUAUAAUUUAGAAUGAGUAGGAAAGCUUGUUUAUCAGAUCACUUGCAAAAUCAUGAGAAGAAAGUGGGCUGGCUUGUCUAUAAGUACAGACAACUGUACAAAGGUAUUGGGAUAAUUUCAUGAUCUCCAGAAAACGACAGUGGGACAUUUACCCUAUGUCAGGCAUCAAAGGUUAUAUGCUUAUUUUCCUGCCAAAGACUUUAAGGAUUAUGACUUCCAUGAAAGUUUUCUUUUUAAGUUAGCAGGGCAGGGAUUGAAUUUUAGAAAAUCGCAUAUAACUGUAUUCAGAAUAAGAAUGUGGUUGUGUCCCAUAAGCAGUCAUGAAAUAAGUGUUGUUGCUCUUAUCCAAAAAUGAUCCAGGUAAUUGUCAUAUUUCCUAUGAUGGACGGGUUAUAUUGGUAUUAGUGCGACUUAAAUACCGUUGGUUGAAAGAAGUUUGAAUGAAGCUGGAUUUGACCAAUUUUGUGUAAAACUUAAUUGUUUUAGAAGCGGGAAAGAGGGGAGUUUUCUGACCAUUUAUAAUCUAAGGUGCUCUGGUUUGUUUCCAAUAAACAGUGAUCUUUACAGGUUUUAAUCCAGAUUUUUUAGAAGCCUGGUGAUUGGCCGAGAGAGGCAGGGCAUAGGGGCAGGGUUUAUUGAAUGUUUUGCCCCAAGUCUGUCCAUGAGGUAUGACUUGUAACUUUUGAUUCAGCAGGUCGUCCUUAGUUUUGUGGCAAAUGAGAUAAAAAUAAAUAAUUGAAUUUAUUUGACUGGUGGGUAAAACACUGGACCAUUCUGUUAUUGUUGAGUGAAUGUUUGUUUUGUGUACAUCACUACUGUUGGAUUCGUGAGUAUAGGUGAGGUUGCCGUUGUUUUAUUGUUUGUUGUGAAAUUCACGGAGGGCAUUGCUUUACAUAAACGUCUUCCACGUUUAAUGUCUUAAAUUCUGUUUUAACGAAGAAAUUAUUUUGGCAUUGCUCAUUUUUAUCCUGCCAACAGUGCUGAUGACCCUUUCCCCAUGUUGAUCAAAAUUUAAACAGAAGAAUGAAAAUACACUUGAAGUGCACCCUUUUAGAGGAACCCUGGCAAAGUCAUACAGACUGGACAGAGUCAGGUAGUUUCCGCGUAGUCACCUGUCACCUCUCUCUUCAUCUUUGCUGUGCUCAACGUGUACGUUCCAAGCCAUAGAGAUAAUUGGGAUUUGCUCCCAGGUAGCUUCUUUAUUCUCCUGUCACUGGACUAAAAUCUCUGACGUGUCAAAAAUGCCUUAAAUUUUAAUGAACUCUCUGAAAAUAUAGUUGGCAUUCAAGGAUAUAUUUAUUUUAUUUCUAAUUUUAGAUAUAAAAUAGAUUUUGGCAGCUCAGUCCCAUCUUUGGAAAGAGCUGACUUUUUCCUUUGGAUCCCAGUGGGUUGUCAUUUUAUUCCAAGCACUGAAGAAGUAUGACAGAAGGAGUAUUGUGAGGAAAAUAUUCAGAUCAAUCCUGGCCAUAGAACUCACUUUAAUUUUAUGUCUUGCCUUUGCAGAUCUCAGUGGAAUGUUGAAAGGCAUAAACAAAUUAAUCACGUUUCUAUGAUUUUUAGCUGACAGUUGUUAUUUCCUUUCCCCUCUAAGUGGUGGAAGUUAUUUGUUAUUUUUCUAAAAGGCAGUUUUGAAGGCUUAAAUACUCCAUUAAGUCAGCUGUUACCUAUAAUAUCUCUUAGCGCUCUGUCAAAACAUUUAAAUCAGCUUUCCACUGAAUGAGAUUAUGUCUUCUAUGGAUAAAUUAUAUCAUGCCAUUUAACAAUGUUGAGCAAUUUGAUAUGUGUUCACUUGAUUUAAAAGAUUGGAUUCUAUUCUUGUUGACUUUUCCCCUCUUUGGUUACCAGUGAUCAAGUCCUUUCCAGGAUUAAAAAUGUUUCAUAGUA